CCUAGCGUCGCAAACGCCAGAAGGUUUAUUGCAAAUUUAUGGGAUUCCGAAAAAUAAAUAGAAAAACGAAAAAAAAUUAUUUCAGUAUAUUUCGUUAAUGUUUUAAAUUGUUGACGUGUUUUUAUCACUUCCCUUUUAAUUUUAUCAAAGUGUGUGCAUUUUUUGAGUCAACAACGGUUUUUAUGUGAGCCAGUACUUGUUUUGAGUGGUGGUUACACAGUUAAUGCGACUUUUGAACCGUUUUUUACCCUCCAAAAUUUGGUUUAGACGGUUAUUUCGCUCAAGAAUGGAUUCAGACAGCGAAGACGAUAUGCUGCAUUAUUCCCACCAGAAAUUAUCGAGUCUGAUAAGACAAAAAGGGAAUAAAAAUGCAGCAAUUAAGGAAUAUUUGGAAAACUUGAAUUAUCACCCCAUCAAGGAUUUCGCGUCAGGUCUUGAAUGGUUCAAUGUUUCCGAACCGUUGUCCUUUUCGAAGCAUUUGAAGGGUAAAAUUGUCGUGUUGGACUUUUUUACGUAUUGUUGUAUCAACUGUAUGCAUAUUAUCCCCGAUUUGCGAGAAGUUGAGAAGGAAUUUUCGGUGGAAGAUGGGCUAGUUGUGAUAGGUGUCCACAGCGCAAAGUUUGAAAAUGAGAAAGUGUCCUCGAAUAUUCUCGCUGCGGUGCAACGUUACAACAUCACCCAUCCUGUCGUCAACGAUUUCAAUUCCCAAAUGUGGAAGAACUGCGAGGUUAGUUGUUGGCCGACUUUACUUAUUUUGGGACCAAAUGCCAACCCGAUCGUCAUGCUGAUGGGGGAAGGCCACAAGGAGAAUUUACGAACUUACAUCAGGGCCGCUUUAGAGUAUUACAAGGAGAAAAAUCAAAUUUCUGACCAUCAAAUUCCGUUCAAAUCGGCUUAUCAUUUACUCCCUGACUUAAAAGGCCCUCUAUUAUUCCCGGGAAAAAUCACUAAUUUUGUUGCCAAAAACCAGGAAGAAAUUUUAGCCAUAUCAGACACUGGUAACAACCGAAUCCUUAUUCUAAAAUCAGAUGGGACCAUUUUACACCAAGUUGGUAGCGGAGAAAUCGGUUUUCGUGAUGGUAGUUUCACACAGUGUGAAUUUAACGCUCCCCAAGGCUUAGCUUUCCAAAACGAGAACACUCUUUUCGUUGCUGAUACGGAAAAUCACGCAAUUCGCAAAAUUGAUUUAGCGAAAAAAACAGUUGAGAGUGUCGUUGGGUCAGGUGUGCAAGGCCAUGACAGAGUUGGCGGGAAACAAUGGACGCAACAAGUCAUAUCAUCACCUUGGGAUUUGUGUAUUUUUCGGACGCCUGACAUGGAUAUGAGUUUUUAUCCCGAGGGGAAUCCCCCAAUUAGGGAGAUUUUAAUUAUUGCAAUGGCUGGGACGCACCAGAUUUGGGCUUUGUUUCUUGAGGAUACGGUUUGGUGGAAAUGUAAAAAAUACACUGCUGGGACUUGUCUAAGUAUUGCUGGGUCUGGACGCGAAGAGAAUAAAAAUAAUGCAUAUCCUCACGCUGCUGGGUUUGCACAACCCUCUGGAUUGGCUUUGUGCAGCAAAAACAAGGAGGUUUAUAUCGCUGAUAGUGAAAGUUCAAGUGUGAGACGCUUGUCGCUAGUGGAUGGAAAAGUAAUGCCUGUGGUUGGAGGGGACAGGAACCCAAAUAAUUUGUUCGCGUUUGGGGACAAAGACGGGACCUUGUUUGACGCCAAACUGCAACAUCUUCUCGGCCUUGCGAUGUCAAAAGACGAAGAUUUGCUUUUCGUGGCCGAUACGUACAACCACAAGUUGAAGAAAGUUAAGAUUGUUGAAAAUUCCGUGUCUACGGUCACCCUCCCGGCUUCCGACACGACAGACGGGGCUAAGAAUCACCCAUUUAGCGAGCCUGCAGGUUUGUGUGUUUCUUCAGACGGUCGAAAAAUAUACCUAGCGGACACUAACAACCACUGUGUUAAAGUUCUAACUCUCGGUUCGGAUUAUUCCGUCAAAUCUAUAAAUAAAUUAAAUUUGAAUUUGGGGGAAAAGACAGCAAAUGACGAGGAAAUUAAACACCAAAUUCUUGAAUAUCCAAGUCUCACGAUUAAUAAUCAAGGUGGGAAAGUGAUUUUCUCGCUAAAUAUCGAAUUUGCAAACGGGUUGAAAUUGACAGAGGAAGCGCCCCAAAAAUGGUCAGUAAAAUUACCGGAUGUUACAUGGUCUUGUGUGCCGAGUAGUGGCGAUAAUUUGAAAAAUAUUGACGUGGUGGUUAGUGUCCCGAAUCGAGGUCAAAUUGAUUUUGUUUUUGAUUUGGUUACUUGCACUGUUGAGACGUGCUUACCCAAAAGCUUUAUUGUCCGAGUGCCUAUUGACUUGAAAAGUAAUGUUUCGACGAGUGCUAAUGCGAAUAUUAAGGUGGUUCUAGAUCCGAAUAAUAUUCAAGUGAACUAAAAGUUUUUUAUUUUGCACCAACAUUUAAGUACUAAAAAGUGAUUAUAAUUAUUUGUUGCAAUAAAUAUUACAUUAACACAUA